CACCCGUCGUCGCGACUUAUCACUUCUCCCUUCCACACCUCUCGUUGCGUGCUGCCGUAGCGCCCAUCGCGUUGCUCCAAGCCGCGCUGCUUCCCUAGAGUGCGCGCGGGGCCACGUCUACCCUUGCACUGUGUUGCCAUUGCGCGCGCUAGCACGGACUGCGGCUGCCAGCAGCUGCUAGGGUAGCGCGAUGGGUGGCGAGGGGAGCGAUAGUGAGGGGAAGGAAAUAGCGGGGAGAGGCAUUAUGCGGGCCCGCGGCAAGGAGGGCGGCGGCAGAGAGGAGUUGGCCGUGAACCCACGCAACCCUCGCGCGGGCGCGAUCGGCGACGGCGCCGAGAGACUCGACCAUGAUGACGCGGAGGACGGUGACGACGAUGACGUCAGCGGUGGCGCGGACAGCCCUCCGUUCCGCCCGCCGCCCCCCGCGGAGCUGCUGGCGGACGACGACGAGGACUCGCUGGUGGGCGUCAGAGCGGCCUUCCCCGCGUCGUUCGGCCGCCAGGAGCAGCGCGUCACGCCGCUCGAGGCCGUGCACGCGCGCACGGCGCGCGGACCGGCGGAGAGUGUUACGGGGGGUAAGGGGGGAGCGGGGGGAAAAGGGGGCGCUGGGGGGCCGAAGGGGAAGAAGAAGGCGGGCGGGAUGACGUUCAGCAUCGGGCCGAGCCUGGCGAAGAGGUUGGGCGAUGGCGCGAAGGCAGAGCUGGCGGGAGCAGCGGAGGCAGGAAUGGCGCAAGGAGGGGAUGUGGCGGAGGGAGGGAGGGGGGGAGGCGGAGGAGGAGGAGGGGCGGAAGGCGGGAAGGGAGGAGCAGAGGCGGUGGGUGGUGGGUUGAGGGGCGCAGGGGGUGUUGCGAAGGGGUCAACGGGAGCCGGGGAUAGGCCAGCAGGAGGAGGAGGAGGCGGGAGAGGGGCAUUAGGUGCAGUGGGUGUGGAGCAAGAGGGGGGGAUGGAGAGCCAUGGCGCUGGGCAUGCGGAGAUCGGCCCCCCGCCCCCGCCACCCCACGCGCCUGUGGAGGACAGGGCACGCGCCCUGAUCGGCCCGCCUGCCCCCCCUGCUCGCAGCAGGCAGCAGCAGGGCGCGCGGAAGAAGGGUCGGGGGGCAGGGCGGGCGGAUGGGAUGGGCGGUGGUGGGAGCAGCGAUGAUGAGAGCGAUGAGGAGGAGGAGGAGGAGGAGGGGGGAGGGAAGGAGGCGGACGAGUUUGGGGUGCCGGUGAGCAACGAGAUCGUGCUGGGCGGCCACACCAAGGCGGUGGCGGCGCUGGCGGUGGACCCCACGGGCACGCGUGUGAUCUCGGGCAGCUACGACUACUCGCUGCACUUCUACGACUUCCAGGGCAUGGACUGGCGCCUCAAGUCGUUCCGGCAGGUGCUGCCGUUCGACGGGCACCAAGUGCGCGCCGUGUCCUUCAGCCCCACGGCCGACAUGUUCAUCGUCGCCACCGGCAACGCACAGGCCAAGAUAUACGACCGCGACGGGCGCAGCAAGGGCGAGUUUGUGCGUGGGGACAUGUACAUCCGCGACCUGCGCAACACCAAGGGGCACAUAGCGGGGCUCACGGCGGCGCAGUGGCACCCGUGCGAGCGGCACACGGCAUUGACGGGCAGCGAGGAUGGGUCGCUGCGCAUCUGGGAUGUGAGGGACUUCAAGACGCAGAAGAAGGUGGUGAAGCCGAAGCUGGCCCGCCCAGGGCGGGUGCCGGUGACAGCAGCGGAGUGGGGUCCGGAUGGCCGCAUGGUGGCCGCUGGACUCAACGACGGCUCGCUGCAGGUGUGGAGCGUGAAGGCGGGGUGGGGCUCGCUGCCCGACCUGCUGUGCUUGGACGCGCAUGAGAGGGGUGACGACGUCACGGGGCUCGCCUUCUGCUCCGACGCCUCCACACUCGUGUCGCGCUCCAUGGACAGCACCAUGAAGGUGUGGGACCUGCGCAAGUUCAAGCAGCCGGUGAAGGUGUACUCCCACCUGCCCAACCACUACCAGCAGACCAACGUGGCGUGGAGCCCCGACGAGCGCCUCUUCUUUACCGGCACCUCCGCUGAGAAGGGCGGGCGCGGCGGGCAGCUGCACUUCUACUCCAAGGAGUCGUUGGACCUCGUGCGAGUGACAGGCGUGUCAGCGGACCAGAGCGUUGUCAGGGUGCUGUGGCACGCCAGGCUCAACCAGCUAUUCGCCACGUGCGGCGACAAGAAGGCGGGCGGCACGCACAUCCUGUACGACCCCACCCUCAGCGAGCGCGGCGCCCUCGUGUGCGUCGCCCGGGCGCCGCGCGCCCCUCGCCCUGAGGACCUGUGUGCGCGCGUGGCGGCGCCGGCCAUCAGGAACCCGCACGCGCUGCCCAUGUUCCGCGACGAGCCGAGCCGCAAGCGGCAGCGCGAGAAGGCGCGCAAGGACCCCGUGCAGAGCCAGCGCCCCGACCUGCCCAUGGAUGGGCCGGGCCACGGCGGGCGCGUGGGGCAGACCAAGGGCACGCUGCUCACACAGUACCUGCUAAGGGAGGGCGGGCUGCUCAAGGAGACGUGGAUGGAGGAGGACCCGCGCGAGGCCAUCCUCAAGUAUGCCGAGGCCGCGGAGAAGGACCCGCAGAUCAUCGCGCCGGCCUAUGCCGCCACGCAGCCCAAGACGCUGUUCCACGAGUCGGACGACGAGGCGGACGACUAGUGACCAUGUGGCAUGCGCUGCUGCACACGCCACACCCUACCGACCACCGCCCUGACGCAGCAGCAACACAGCGCAGCCUACAAUGGUGUUGCAGGCACGGGAGCAGGGCAGGGAGGAGGGCUCAGAAGCUCCUCCAAACGCCCACUCCUCUCUCCGUCCACCUUGCCGCGCUGUUGAUCCACGGUAACAGCCGCAGCUUCUCAGCACAUGUGAAUGCUUGGAUGGAAAUAAAAGUUGCGCAUCCCAGAAUGGGCCUGAUGGAGUCGCCGUGCCGCUGAUUGAUGGGUAUGUCAUGAACCAGCCACAUGCCAGCACACUCCUUUGGUGUGAGCAGGGCAUAAGCUCUGGAUGUACAACACGAGUUUUCAGUGCUCUGCCCAGUUAACUCACACUGCACUCCUGUGGGUGCUUAGCUGCCUGGUCAGUUCAGAACCCUCUCUCU